UUAUGCACACACGGAGUACGACACACUCACAGCUACGUCGCUGGACUAACGGCACGCACACAAACACACAGUGAUUGCACGUAAUCAAUUAACACUUGUGAGUUCCUUCAAGAAUCUGGAAACAUCUGUGAAGAGAGAGCUGAGCUAGGUGUCGAGGAAGGAGAGAGGGAUGAAGAGGGAUUAAAAUCAUUCGAGCACUCCGUCCUGAAACUGGCUGACAGACGAGGGAGCCGAGUGGAGAGCUGAAGUCUCCAGUGAUGGAUGAGACAGCCGGGGACCACCCGGUCAGAGACGUGGGACUCAUGAGGUCUGGACUGAUGCCAACUGUACCAGAUACUCUACGGGGUGUGAAGACAUGGAAGAAGCAUCAUGCCAUGAAGAAAAAAGCAGAGCCUCAGCGCCUGUUUCGGUUUCCCAGAGAGCACCUGGAGGACCUGUGUCUCAGGCUGCAAGAGGAAAACAGCGUGCUAAGACAACACACUCGCACACAGGAGACGAGGUUACGCAGGUCAGAGAAGCUGACGCUGGCUACCCGACGGAGGACACUUGGGCGGAGGAGGAUGUCUACCAGGCUGAUGCGUCUCCGUCAGCUCCGCCCCGGCUCCACCGGUGUGAAGGAGAGGGACAUGGAGGACACCAUCCAGGAGCUGGAGGCCCGCGCGGCUUCACUGGAGAGCCAGAAGGAGUUCCUGCAGAGCAAACUCAGCCUGGCCAAGCAGCACGUCCUGGAGCUGGGGGCCCGCACGCCGUACCGGCCCCGGAGAGGUAAAUGUACGGAAGUGGAGGGCGGAGUCAGGAGGGCAGCCCAGACUGCCCCGCCUCGCUACGGCCCCACACUGGAAGACAACGUGGAAGAGAUGGAGAGACUCAGGCCCGGUGUAACCGAGCAGCCGAGGGCGGCAGAGCUGGAGCUGACUGCGCAGACGCUCAGAGACACACUGCGAGAGAAAGAGAAAGAGAUGGAGGGAACUGUGAGAGACAUGAGGAAGCAGCAGGCUGACAAACACAGAAUAACUAUUAGAGAGAAUGUGGAUCUGAUCCGUCUUCAGAAGCAACUGUCGGAUAAGAGCACCGCUCUGAGAGUCACCCAGGAGAAGUUCAACAGCCUGCAGGAGGCAUAUGAGAACCAGCUGGAGGAGCGUCAGAGGUCACUGAGCCAAAGCCAGGGAGCUCUGCUGGACAAAGUGGAGGAGCUCAGUGACCAGCUGAAGCAGGAGAGACAGAGAGCGCUGGAGCUGGAGGGACGGCUCACCACGACCACCCUGUCGCUACACACCCUGGACAAGCUACAGGACAGUUUGUCAGACCUGGAGGGAGAGAGGGAUCUAAUAAAAGAAAACUAUGACGCUCUAUUAGAAAGUACGUUAUCCGUGCAAACCAGUCACAAUGGCGAGGUGGAACGACGUAGAGAAGUGAGCCACAGGAGGGAGGAACCGGGAGAUCACACCGACAGGAUGGACAUCCAGAGACUUGAAGAAAUGCUGCAAGCAGAGCGGGCGGCGAGAGGCAGGCUGGAGCUGGAGAAGGAGAAACUGAGACGAGAGAAGGAGACAUUGGAGGAGAAGAGGGAGCGAGGAAGAGAGUCUUCUGGGACGACGCUAGACGAGCGAGAGCAUCUGGAACUUCAGGCUUUCCUGUACAGAAAGCAGAUUUCUGCUCUACAGGACAGACUGGACUCUGUCACAAAGGAGUUUGACAUGAGUGUCGAGGAGCUCAGUGAGACUCUUAUACAGAUCAAGGCAUUUCGGAUGCAGCAAGAGAGCAGGGCGGGGUUUGGUUUUCUCUUGGCCGACGGCGCGGUGGAGGAUUCGCCCCGUGAGCUGGUAAACAUCCAGGCGUCGCACGCUGAGACUAUUCUGGAAUUACAGAAAACCAGAAACCUUCUGCUGCUGGAGCACCAUAUCAGUAAAGACCUUCAGGAAGAGUUGAACACAGUCAACCAGAAGAUGGAGAGAGAGAGGGAGGAGAGCUGGAGGAGGAUCUCAGAGAAAGACAAACUGUUAUCAAAAAGAGCUCUUCAGAUCAACGCUUUACAAGCUCAGUUGAAAGAGUUGGCAUACGGCCCCAGGACCGGCAAGCGGACCAUGCCAAUGCAGUACACCUGGCCAGCUGGAGACCAGGAGGUGGUAGAGCCCAUUGAGGAGGACAUGUCUCGAUCUCAGCUGAGAGCCGGGGAGUCGCUGUUGGAGAUCCACCUUAAGACCGCCACCUUCACCCCAGCAGGGCUUCGUACCAUGGGCAGCAUCCACCGUCAAGACAUGGUGACCUUCUGCACCUACGGCCUUUUGGACUUUGAGGUGCACUCCACCCCUCUGGUGUCAGGCGGCCAACCAGACUACGGCUUCACGUCGCGCUACGCCCUCACGGCCCGAGAUCUGGGGAGGCUGGGAGCUCAGGGGUCAGGGGUCAGAAUAGAGCUCCACCAGGCGUUAGGAGGGGUCAGGUUUGUGACACAUGGAAGUGGGCAGAUGUCCAUCGUGGGUGCCAUGGAGCGGAAAGGGGAGCAAGUUGGUGGCCAUGUCAACAUCACAGGCUCCGAGGGUGCGCUUGUUGGCGUUGUGGAUUUCUGGGUGCGCCUGUUUUACCCGGCAGAGCCCGUUGACACCGAGAGAGGAGCUGACAGGAGAACCGCGGCGCAGAGGGGUCCUGUGCACGUCCCUCUCGGCUGGCAGGAUGCUGGUCAUGAGGAGUUACGUGACUAUGGUGGGGGGAUCCCCAACGAGCUGGUGGUUGCGUUGGAGCGUUGCGUGGGUCUUACUGCCCGCUGGACCGGACUUCUUCCUGACGCCUACCUGACGUACAGGCUGUACGACCUGCAGCCUCACGUCUCUCAAACGGUCCGGUCCACCGCUGACCCCGUGUUCAGUGACACCACCAGCUACCCGCUAGCUGUAACAUCUGAUGUGUUGCACUACCUGAGGUCCAGCAGUUUGUUGGUGUAUGUGUUCGAUGACAGCGAUGACCAGAUGCCGCCAGCCUAUCUGGCCAAGACCCCCAUCCCACUGCGCGCCAUGGCCACUGGCAGGGAGAUCACAGGUGACUAUGUUCUGAGGGAUCCAGCUGGUGGCCCUCGGGGCACGGUCAGGGUCUUGAUCCAAUGGAAGUACCCCUUUCAACCAUCAGUGGACACUGUGCUGGUGAGACAGGGAAGACAGGACGUGGAGAGAUCUGAGAAGGAGGAGAGGAGGAAAGAGGAGGCUAAAGCAUCACAGAGGCCCAUCGCCAAGCCCAGAGUGAAGCAGAUUCAGCUACUGGAGCCGAGAGAAACCAAAGCGGUGCAGAAAGGGACCAAAGCCGUGCCGCGGCCUCCAGCUGUGAAACAGAAAAGUUCACGGAACAAACGAGCGGACCAAUGGACGAAGAGAUCCACCAAGAGGUCACCUGACCUUGACCAGGACACGCCCCGCCUCACGCCUGAGCCGAGGCUGGCCACGCCCUCUCGUUUGCCAACAAGAAAAUCUUCACCCACCACACUGUCGAGGACGAGCUCAGCCAGCGAUGCCAGGACUCAGGACCUCCCCUCUGCGGAUCAUGUGUCAAUAGAUGAAGAGGAGGAUGAAGUGGAGGAGAGGAGUGAGAGUGCAGCUGCAGGAGUCGGUGAAGUCCCCGAGUCUUCAGAAUCAAGUUCCUCACAAAGCGACAUCGUCGUCAUCCCACCGAAACGGAAAAUGAGGAAUGGCAACAAGCUGAGGGUUGAGAUCCUGUGCCUGUCGUUUGAGCCGUCGUCGCGCGUGGCGCUGGACAAGUCGGUGCAGCGCGUCUACGUGGAGUACCGGCUGCUGGGCGUUCCCAUGGAGACGACAGAAACACCCAUGUCCCUCCGCAAGCCCACGAAGGGAGAGGAGGUUCACUACAACUUCACACGAGUGAUCUAUGUGGAUGGUUCCCAGUCGGCUCCACUCAGACAGCAUCUCUACACCAUGUUGGAGGGCACUGAUCCCAACCAGGGCAGGUUAAAGUUCACCGUCGUCAGCGAGCCGAUGGGCGACGGUGAGGAGUGCGUGGAUGUCGGACACGCUUUUCUGGACCUGCAGGAACUGCUGCUCACUGGAGAUGAUGUCAGCGACCAACAGAUCAAUGUGCUGAGUGUGGACGAGGACAAGGAGGUGAUAGGGAAUCUGAAAGUGUCUCUGGAAGCAGCGAAAGCUCUGACGGGGAUAUACCAGGAGUUUCACCAGAGAAGCGAGACGAAGAAAGAAGAUGACACAGAUGAAGAGGAGGAGGAGGAGGAGGAGGAAAAAGAAUUAAAGGAGAAAGAGGAGGAGAAGAAAGAUGUAAUCCAGAUAGAUUAUGAUGAUGAUAGUGAUUUCUGAACAGACGUUAUGUUCUGUAUGAAAUACUGUGUGUAGCUUCUUCAACACACCAAAGCAAUUAAAUAAAGAGACAUUUUUGAAAGGCAUAUGAUUUUGUUUAUUUAUGGAUUUUUUUAUAAAUUUGAUGUCCAGGUCUUUGAUUCUCAAAGUUGUUCCAGUACAUCUUCAUCAUGUAUCUGAUUGACAGUGUCUUCUGGGUAAACCUUUUCCUGGGUAUACAUGUGUUUCUCAACUAAACUCAACGAACUCUCAAAAAGGUGUUCCAUGAUUGUGUGUAUUGUUAUUAAAAAAGUCAGAGAAUUUAAUUAUGUUUCUUUAGCCUAUCCUAUUUAUGAGGGCAACACAAUAGAUUACAUUGAUUGUCAUACUUUGUCAUUUCAGGAAGAUACUAUAUGCAAUGCUCAGGAGGAGUUCUUGAUCAUAUCUAAAAAUGUUUAUUAACUCCUAAUUUUCAUUUAAUAAACACACCAUCAACUAACUGAUAUCUGGAAACAGGUUGUGUUAUUCCAGCACAGGAUUAAUGGUCAAAAAUGGUCAACUUCUUGCAAGAAUAAAUGAUCUCACUUAUAUGAGAAUGUAAAAUUCUCCAGUUCUUUUUUUUCUAAUAAAGGAUGUGUCAAAUGUAAAGUUUU